AGAUGUUUCCUUUGCAUUGAUUAUCAUUCUUCUGAUGAUAAACAGUUACUGCUUUGGAUCGUGCAAGUGCUGAAGAUGCCUUACUUCCAAUGCCUAAGAUAUUUCACCUGGUUGAUAAGAAUGACAGAGUUAAGCCUGUGGUGAGUAGAGAUGCUUUGUGUAAAUUGAAUGUUGACCAAGCUACAUUCUCCAUGGAGGAUCGACUGAGAUCCUUAGGGAUCCUUAACGAUAGAGAUGGCCUCACAUCUAGCUCCAUGAGUGAUUCUGGCAUCUUAAAGGAUAUAAAUCUUGCAGUGAGCACACCACCAAGGAAGAUGAAAGCAAACGUUGUAUCUCUUGGAGCUAGUGAAGCGUACGACUUGCUCAAAGUCUUGGUGGCUGCGUGGCAAUCCCGAUCAUGCUUUGGAAGAUACGUGCUUCCAUGGAUACACUGUAUAUUGUUGAGUCACAUUAAGUACGUGGUAUCUCAGGAGCCAAAGACUCAACUUCUUGAGUCUUUGUACAAGCUGUGCAAAUCCAAAGAAACAGCUAUGCCGUCAUUAUUGCAAUUAUCUGGCCGUUUGCAACUUGUGAUGGCACAGAUUGACAAGGCUACCAAAAGCAAUGAACCUACUUUAAUACAUGAUGAGGAAUUGGAUGAAAGUGAAGAUGACGAUGUAGAUGAAGUUCUUUAUGGUGUAGAUGAAGAUUCCCAAAUAGAUAGUGAUAGCGAUGAAUAAGUGUCUUUCAAAAGUAGAGGACUUUCAAUUAUUUAUCUGCCUCUGUGAGGCUCUCCAAGCCAAUUUCUCGAGUUCUGGUCCUAUGAUGCUGAUUUGCAGUCUUGGUGGCAUCUAAUUUGAGUUUUAACAGCAUAUUCAUAACAUCUUCCUUGAAGUUCAGAAUUUCCAAGGUCCUGCACUUCUCUGCUAGGUUACGUAUGUUUGACUUCCGAGCAUCUUUUGGCAAGUGUGCAGAUCUUUAUGGAGGUAUUGCACAGUUUGGACCGAUUUUGUGUACCCAUGCUACAGCCUGACAAUUUUGUCCAACUAUACAACUAUUUCGCUGACGAGGCAAAAUACUCUCUUUUUUCCCUUCUUUUUUUUUUUUUGACAAUGAAUUUGUAAAUUCACGACAAAGGGUUUGUAGUUGAGUUAGUUCUUUUUUAUUGGUCUUAUUUCUAGAUGCCCCACGAUGAUAUAUAUGUUUAAUUUGUUUAACUUCUGAAAUGCAAGUUUUGCUAUAUUGCACUUAUUUUUAA